AUCGUUUGCUUGCGAUACUUCGUACUCCGUUCCAUAUUCCGGACAGAUUAGGUUGUCUGGUGAGGUGCGGACUUCAUCCUCUGUUAUGACUCGUGAGGAGACAUGGAGUGAGUUUUGUUCGGUCGCUAGCGUCAGACUGUCUAUUGAAGCACUUCAGCUGUUCAAGGCCUAUUUAAAUGAUAAUCGUCAUGAUGACAAACCUGGUUGUGCUUUGGAGUUUUUGGAAAUUAUAUUUAAAAAAAUGCGUCGCAAAUUUGAAACAUCUCUAUCUCCUUGCUAUUUUGUGCGGGAAAAUAAGCCUACCGAAAUACAGCCAUCAAAAACAGGUACUGAUCUCAAAAAUACGAAUGAACGUUUGUCUUUCAAAGAAGAAAACCUAUCUAUAAACUCUUCCUCCACAGAAUUGAGUGAAAAUUUUUCCCACAUUGCAUAUGCUAAUGCCAGUGCUGUAGUAGCGGCCGCACGGUCCAAGGCUGUGGCUGCCUCAGGGGUUCGCAACACUUCACCUCGUGGCAAGAGCUGUGAUAUACCUUCAGAUAAAGCCUCAAAGAAUAUCUUUUCAAGAACUCGACAUUCAAGAAGUGCUCCCAACAAAAAUUCUAGUCGGCAGCCUUCGGUUAACCAGCAAGAUUUUCAUCAAAAACACCACUGGUUAGGAGAGCAACAAACAAGAUUCCACACAGAUUCGUCAAUAAACCAAGGUGUUUCGGAAGUCAAACCUAGUUGGCGCCUGAGUUCCCUCUGGCUUCGACGUAGUUUUACAAUCGCUUGGCGUCGUAGAUCACCUCUUAGUGUAGACAGUUCUGGAGGGAAAUAUGGGGGUCCUUAUCCUCGUUCUCCUGGGACUGCUGUAAGUUUAAAUGCUGAACUAGUUCGUGAAGGUAUUGUGAUGCAGUGGCUUGGUCCACACUUUGAUUCACAUCGUCCUCGUAUUGAUUGUGAAAAGAUGAAUAAUCCUGAAGCUGGAAUUGAGAAGAAAACCACACAGUGGGCUCAGUCUCGUCUUUGUUUAUGUAGUACAAGUGCAGGCCUUAUUUUAGAAAUAUUUACUCCUCCUGAUGCUGAACAGUCCCAGUAUGGUCUGUGCUGUGGUCUUAUUUUCGACGUUCGAUUGGUCUGUCCUGAUGAACUUACAGACCCUCGGAACAACGUUUUACUUGUUAAAACCGAAUUCGGAGACCAAAAGAUUUUUCAGUCAUCGGAUGAAAUCGAUGCCAACGAAUGGAUCACUGCUAUACGUAGUGGUUUGCCACCAUUGCGCAGGAAUCCUGUUUCUUCUAAAUGUGACAUUGACCCUAGUCGUAUAGUAGCUUUUGUUCGAUCUGAACGAUGCACUAACUGUGAUGCGAUUCUGGAUUCUAGUUCAAAAUCACCCUCUGAUAUACUGUCCUCAGUCCCUUUACCACCAAACAAAACUGAUACAAAUGAAUUAUGCAUUGGAUCUGACCAUAAAAAGGUUCAUGACACAUCAGUAUUUCAUUCUACAAAUUCCAAACUACUAUGUACAGAUAACUCAGCAAACUCCACUCCAAUAUCAACAUUUGCAUGUGUUUGUAGCCAUGUCACUAGUGUACCGGAUGUUUGGUCUGCCUCCACUAAAUCUGAUCGUCCCAUUACAAAUCAUAGUAUGAAUCUUAGCCAAUCAGAUGGAUGCACUACUACAGCGAAUAAUACUAUAUCUUCUCAUGGAUUUAUAAAACCUUCUGCUAAUGUUCUCUGUCCUACUCCAUCGCGACCUACCUUCGCCUCAGGAUUUCGGCAUACAUCGCCUUCCUCUCAUCCCGUUUCAUUACACUCGAUUAGCAGACCAGAUAAAAGCAAUAGGCUAUGCAGUUUGACAAACAAUACUUUACUAGAACAAAUUAAUUCACCUAAUACAAAUCAGUCAAGAGUCGAUAGUUUUCGAAGUGGAGCGUUUUCUGUUUUUAAUUCUUCAAACAACCUGUCACGUAUUCCCUCACUGACUUCUGGUUUUGAAGAUGUAAUUGGUCACCAGCUUUCUAUUUACCCAUGGUAUCAUGGAACGCUUUCACGAGUUCGAGCCGCUAGUUAUGUAUUGGGUCAACUUUCGGAGUUUGAACACGGUACUGCACAACAGCAUCUAACUUGUCCUGAAGCUUCUGGAAUAAGUUUUAACUCUGAACAAAAUACUACUGACUUAUCGAAUAUGCCACCUGCUUUGCCAACUACAGAUGGUGUAUUUCUUGUGCGUCAAAGUGAAACAAAACAGGGUGAAUUCGUCCUAACAUUUAGUUGUCAUGGUAAACCUAAGUUGAGGUCCGCAUGACUAUCGUAACCAAUGGUUGGAGACUCUUAGUGACAUGGCUCAGAAUCGAUCACAAUGAUCAUUUAAGAAUGACUUUGAGUCCAGAUGGUCAUUGUAGAGUUCAACACCUACCUUUUGAUUCAAUCGUAGAGAUGUUGGAACAUUUCCGACAAGAACCUAUUCCUUUAGAACAAACAUUAAUAUCAAAUAUGACUGAUGGUUUAUCUUCUGAUGUUUUGCCUAAUUCCACAACUUCUACUCCUACUCCUAUCACAUUGUCAGCUUAUGUUGUUAAUACUCAUUUGACAGGUAGUCGUGAACGACUAGUUAUUUGUCGCGGUUCAGUUCGUGCUAAUUCAAAUACAGUAGGUCGAGCAGCUGCUGUAGCUGCGGCGACCGCAUCAGGUGGUAAAGCUGGACAAAAUCAAUACAUUAUCAUGUAAACAAUAAAAGCCUAUCUGAUUUAAACUAACAAUAAAGUCAAAGUAAUAACCUUAACAAAAUUGUCUCCUUUAGAUUGUUUUCUUACUCUAAACUGUUGAACUGCUUUAGCGGAGAACAUUUUAUUAAGGUUAUAUAUAUAUAUAUAAUCCCAUGACUUUCCCAUCAGUCUUUUUCUUCAGAAUCUGUUAAAAAAAAUUGUGCCUUGUAAAUUAUAUAAACAAAUAUCUGGCCAAUUUAACUUACUGUUGUAUACAUACGUAGGUUAAAAGUUUGCUUCCAUUUAUUCCAAAAGUUUACUGGAUAACCCAUUUUUUUCUUUUCAUUUUGAACUCGUCCAUAUUCAUGUAAACAUGCGUAUAACUAUUUUCUAUUUAAUAAUUUAUUUAAAUAAUUCAGAGUGCAUUUAUUAUCAAUGUAUGAAUUAUAUUUUCAAAUUGUUGAUCAUUUUAUUCUCUUCUCUACCUGAUGAAUUAUUUAUUUUUCAAUGGCUAUUAUUUUAAUCUAAUUGUUUUUUUUUCAUACGUCUGUAUACAUACAUUAUGGUUGUCAUAUACUGUGCAAUAUUUUCGGUGGAUAUUAUUAUUAUUAUUUGAUUUUUAACUCCAAUUGUCGACGAAAUGCAUUUGAGAUAUCGCUUUACACAAUAGUCUAAUUCAAUUGAAAUAAAGGUAUCAAUUUU